AUGAAGUGGAAUUUCUUGCUAGUGCUUGCAUUUAGUGAAAUUGUUGUCACCUUCAGCGAUGAGUCCCAUCGGAUACUGUCGCGAAAGAAACGCUGGCUCAUUUUCCCAGAAGGAUCAUCUCUCCAGGUGGUACACUUCCAGGGCAUACCAAUGCAUGGAGUUCCAUUGGUUUUUAUUCUGGGCAUCACAGGCGCCAUUGGUUACGAACUACCCUACUAUCCCCUUGAUGAUAUCGCUGCAGAAAUUGGGGAGCGCAUUAAAAAUGGAACACUAGGGCUCAGACACGAUAAGGACAUCAGUAAAGUGAAAUAUGUGGACAAGCCAUAUAGCAAAUACACCAAGCACCAAUACUACUACACAAAUCCUCUUACGUCCAAAGUUAAAUCACCUUACAAUUGGCAUAGCAAC